CACAUGACUGGUUUCCUGCCAGAGCAGUAAAUAUCAGGCGAGCUAGCAGGCACAGCAUGCUAACAGGCUAACAGGCUACUACCUGCGCUAGCAUCGUUUUGACAAUGUUUCACCCGACGUUGUUUGACUUAACCGGGUAACAGUUCAGCGUAUGUGGGCUGUGUGUCGCGUCUCGAUAAGGAAUGAACCGCUGACGUCACUUUGUGUCAUUAAAGAAAGGGCUCGUGGUGACUUAGCUCAGCUUAGCUAGCUUCACGGGUUAGCUUAACGCUAGCUAGCCGAGUUAGCGUCCAAAGGAGGCUCCGUUGCUAGUGAGUAUGCAAGGGGAGACCACGGCUGUGCGGGUCACGGAAAGCGAAGGAAAGCUGGAUGUUUUGCCCCAGACAAGGACCCCAAGCUCGGGGCGAGCAAGUGCCAAAAGCUGGCAGUACAGUGACCACAUGGAGAAUAUCGAUGGCUACUUGAUGAAAUACACCAACCUUGUAACCGGGUGGCAAUAUAGGUUCUUUGUCUUAAACAAUGAGGCGGGUUUGCUGGAGUACUUUGUCAACGAGCAGUCGCGGCCCCAGAAGCCCCGUGGUAUGCUCCCCCUGGCAGGGGCCGUCAUCUCCCCCAGCGAUGAGGACUCCCACACCUUCACCGUCAACGCCAUCAGCGGGGAGCAGUACAAGCUCAGGGCCACCGAUGCCAAAGAGAGACAGCACUGGGUGAGUCGACUGCAGAUCUGCACCCAGCACCACACAGAGGCAAUGGGGAAGAGUAAUCCUCCACCCAAGUCCCGGAGCUACUCUAUGGCAUCUCAAGGCAGCGGCAGCUCUCCCAUGUCUGUACGCCGGCCCAGCCAAAAUCCCAACGCCUUAUUCGGCUGGUCGCAGGUCAACAAGGGCUCGUCACUCUACUCCAGCAAGAGGUCCCUGCUGCCAGACCACCUGAUGGACGCCAGAGAGAUGAUGACCCAGGCCCAGGGCCAACACAGAGACCUGAUCCAGAGCAUCGAGGGCCUGCCUCCAGCCCCCGGCUUCUCCCCUCUAGACCAGGAUCUGCUGAUGCUCAAGGCCACUUCCAUGGCCACCAUGAACUGCCUCAACGAGUGCCUGCACAUCCUGCACCUGCAGCAGGUGGCCAGACUGAGAGGCUCCCUUGGAGGACCCACCAUCGAGUGGUUGGAGCCCAAGCUGCCCGACAUCCUGAAGAACGGCAGCAGCUCCCUGGACAGCUUCCCGACAGGGGAGGGCCUGCUGGAAGGGAGCGGCCUGGAGCUCAGCAGCCCCGAGUCCUGCAGCUUCUCUGGGGAACAAGAAGACAUCGAUGCAGAGGACGAGGCGGAGGACUCCUUCGCCGACAAGGAGGAGGACCUGGGUGCUGUGGAGGAGGAGCGCAGCGUCAUCCUACACCUGCUGUCCCAGCUGAAGCUGGGUAUGGACCUCACGCGGGUCGUCCUCCCCACCUUCAUCCUAGAGAAGCGCUCUCUGCUGGAGAUGUACGCCGACUUCAUGUCGCACCCGGACCUCUUUGUGACCAUCACCGACGGCAGCAGCCCGGAGGACCGCAUGGUCCGCUUUGUGGAGUACUACCUCACGUCCUUCCACGAGGGCCGCAAGGGGGCCAUUGCCAAGAAGCCCUACAACCCCAUCAUCGGCGAGACCUUCCACUGCUCCUGGAAGGUACCCAAGGGACCCGAGGCCUCCAAGGAGCCCUCACAGGGAAGCCCCGACCCGGCCUCCUCCGAGGAUCCCUACCAAGUGCGCUUUGUGGCGGAGCAGGUGUCCCACCACCCCCCCGUCUCCGGCUUCUACGCUGAGUGCCCGGAGAGGCGUAUGUGUGUGAACACGCACGUGUGGACCAAGAGCAAGUUCAUGGGAAUGUCUAUUGGUGUAUCCAUGAUAGGGGAAGGUUGUCUUUAUUUGCUGGAGCACGAUGAAGAGUACACUUUCACGCUGCCUUGUGCAUACGCCCGCUCCAUCCUCACCGUUCCCUGGGUGGAACUGGGCGGCAAAAUCAACAUCAACUGCGCUAAAUCUGGCUACUCGGCGGUCAUCACUUUCCAGACUAAACCAUUUUACGGUGGCAAAUUACACAAGGUGACAGGGGAGGUGAAGCACAACACCACCAACGCGGUGGUGUGUCGUGUGCAGGGCGAGUGGAACGGGGUCCUGGAGUUCAGCUACACCAGCGGAGAGACGAGGGUGGUCGACGUCACCAAGCUGCCUGUUACCAAGAAGAGCGUCCGGCCGAUUGAGAAGCAGGGACCAACUGAAUCCAGGCGCCUGUGGCAGCAUGUCACCGAGGCCUUACGGCAGAAGGACAUCGAAAAAGCCACAGAGCACAAGAGGAUUCUGGAGGAGCGGCAGAGGACGGAGGAGAGGCACCGGGCUGAGACCGAAACCGCCUGGAGGACCAGAUACUUUGACAGAGAGGGUGAAGGCUGGGUCUAUCACAAACCACUUUGGAAAACCUCCUCUACAGUCAAAUCCUAAUCCCAGUCUGUCUCUUGGAUGUUGAUAUUGUAGAUUAAGGUGUGUGUGUGUGCGUGCGUGUGAGUGUGCGUGCGUGUGUGUGUGUGUCACACACGUGGUUAUAAAAAAGAGCGUGACCUGCACUGACCUACAGAUGAAUGCAACAUGGGGAGAAGGACAGACGGCAUGACUAAAGGUGUUAUCCAAUCUUGCUCAUGAUUUUCACAAAGCCUCCCAAGUACAAGCUUUUGUACUGCUGAUUGUUGUUUUUUUUUUUUUUUUUUAUAUAAUCCAACAGUCAAUGAGAACAUAUUCUUGUACAGGUAUAAUGGUACUCUAUUUACACAGCCUUAAGCUAGUCUGAUGGACGCUUGGAGAUCUGCUGAUCAACCUGGAUAUGGGUCUAUUCUUCUUCUUCUUCUUCUUCUUCUUCUUCUUCUUCUUCUCUCAAGCUGUGGGAUCACGCUAAGGUCAGGUGAAGAAAACCUAAAUAAUUGGACUACUGCCUGAUAAAUGUGAUGCUGUGAAAACGUUGUAAAUUGGAUUUAGUGUACUGGAAUGUAAAGAUCUCCAUCUAUGUUAAAGCGCCUGGAAACUUUGCUUCAAAUCAAAGUAAUUCUCUAUAACAAAUGUUAAAUAUUCAUGACUAAAUAACCAAUCAAAGUAUAUGAAAAACAUUUUUAGGUACUAGCUUUUUCAGAGUAUAACAGUCAAAAACUCAGCUGAUCUGCUUCAUUAGAAAUGUAUUAUUGUGCUUUCAUCACAUUCGAUUGAGGAGAGCACAAAGAAAAGAGAAAUUAUAAUCUUUAAUGUACAGGAAGCAAAACAAUAAUUGUUUGUGUUCAUAUAGAAACCCAAUGCAGCCAGAAGAUGAUUGAGAAAAUAAGUUUUCAGGGCCUUUGAACCUCAAUUCAGUUGAGCUUAUUAAAACAUAAGCCAGUUUCAUUGAGUCCAUUUAAAUGCACACAAUCGUCUGAUAUCUAGGAGGAGCUAAUUAUUUUAUGGAAAUUUCCCUCUGUUUCCAGUCUUAAUGCUGAACUAAUCUAAGCUACCUGUUUACUGGCUGUAAAUCCAUAUUGAAGGGAUCAAUAUGAGGGUGGUAUUGGUCUCCUCUUACACUCGGAGUGAAGGUGCAAUUCCCAAAAUGUCGACUAAUUUGUUUAAAGGGAAACCCCUGCAACUUUAUAAUGCACAUGUCAUAAAGUUUGUAGAAUUGCGAGUAGGGAUGUCACCAUACCCGAAAUUUAGUAAUCUAAAGUUCUUUCCAAAUAAAUUAUUAUUCCCUAAUGAUCCCCCUCAAGUUUCUCACCAAAAACAACAUUUUACAUGAUUACAUUUUAAUGCCAUGAUAACGUUAUAAUCGUACACAUCAUAAUGUUACUCCGUGCAACCUCCGUACGUUAGCUGUUAGCUCUGUUAUUUAACAAAGCACCGUCUGCUAACAGCUACCGUUAACUAGCUCGUUGUUUUUCACAAAGUAGCAUUAUCAAGGAUAUUUUCUACUGUCCCCAUGACAACGAGACCCCAUGAUAUUUGUGGAAUGACCCUUUAACCAGGUAAUGCUUAUCUUAAUUAUGACUCGAUGUGUUCACACUACAAUUUUAAUAUUGAUUUGUAUCCGGUAAAUUGUGUGCAUUUAGAUCUACUGAUUGAAAUGAAGUCAUGCAGUUUGUCAUUUAUUUAAUUGCGAUGCUAUAUUAAUAUUGGUUUAUUGACUAAGACACUGCUGGAAUGUGAUGUCAUAGACUAACUGACAAAUAACUCAAUUUAAAUAAAUGAUUGAGUCACAUGUGAAUGCAUUUAGAGAUUGCUCCCCCCCCCCCCACACUAUUUAUCUAGCUCUUCUUUUUAGUCCUGUGUUUAUUUUGCAGUGGAUGGGAAAAUUCCUACAUGCAUGAUGACAAAAUCUCUGUUCACACUGAUUGCAGAAAGUCUGCUACUCCUGUGUGUCUGCAUUACUUACAUUUCUAAAUAUCUGUGGUAAGAGCUUUUAACCAAAUCUGCUUGUUUUUUGUAAUGCAAAUAAAUAUUUUCUUUGAAUGCGUAUUUAUCCCCAAUCUUUGUGCUUUAAUUGCUCUUCUUUUUAGAGCCCACUUUUUGUAUAGAUGUUAACAUUUCUCAUUCCAUUCAUGCUUUUGUUGUUUUCUUUUCUUUUUGGAGGUAUUUCCAAUGGACUUUACUGUGAUGUACAUGUGAUAAACUUUACUUUCCCCCCCUAACUUCACAUUCUCAAAGCAUCCAUUAUAAAGUAGGACUGUGUUCCUAUUCUCUACAGAAAGAGGAGAUCCACUCUGCCAUUGAUAAGCUACUCCCUCCACGUCUCGGUGCCUUAUGCAAACUCUUUCUGUGUGUCUUCCAGCUUUCAUCAGUUAUUCACCUGACAGAAGCAACGCAGUAUGGUUUCUUUGUGAGUGUGUGUGUGCGCGUGUGCGUGUGUGUUUUCUUUUAAGAAUCAGUGCUUCAUGUUGAGAGAAGUCGACGGGGCACUUUUUAUUUGAGGGUUUUGACAUUUUUCUUGGUUUUGGAUUCGACUGAUUUUGUCUUGCCGACCUAUGAAAUGCACUGACAUUGAAGGAAACUUGAUGUUAUAGAAAAAUGGAAAUGUGUGAAAAAGAAUCAAAUAAAUUGCG